AGACAGGAGGGGACUGGACAGUUCGCAGGUCCUGCCGUGACAACACCUCUAGGUGACUCAAACGACAGGUCAGAAGACAGCUGAGUGGCAACGGGAGGACGAGGGUAUAUCUACACAGCAGGUAAUAUGAUCAGUAUGAACAUCAGUACCAGGGAUAGUUGUGAUGCAUCCCAACCCUCCAGUAGCCACGUCCCUGUCCCCGUCCCCGUCCCCGUCCCUGGUAUUACUGGGCCCUACAUCGCCGCCGAGCUACUCAUCGCUCUCCUCGCUAUCGCUGGGAAUAUCUUGGUCUGCCUGGCCGUGACCCUAAACAGGAAGCUACGCACCGUCACCAACUACUUCCUGGUGUCGCUUGCGGUGGCCGACAUCUUUGUGGGCGUGCUGGCGAUCCCGUGUGCCGUGUUGACCGACCUGGGCCAGCCGCGCCACAACCUGCCUCUGUGUCUGCUCCUCCUGAGCGUGCUCAUCGUGCUAACCCAGAGCUCCAUCCUCAGCCUGCUAGCGGUAGCCGCAGAGCGCUAUGUGGCCAUCCUGCUGCCGCUCCAGUACCAGAGGAUCGUGAGCCCCAGGAACGCCCGUCUGGCCCUGGUCCUCACCUGGUGUCUGGCCCUGCUCUCUGGCUCCAUCCCUCUGAUGGGCUGGCACGGAUCACUGCCACCCUCUGGGGCCUGUCUGUUCACCUGCGUGGUCAAUUUGAGUUAUAUGGUCUACUUCAACUUCUUUGGCUGUGUGCUGGUGCCCCUGGUGGUCAUGUUUAUCAUCUACGGUCACAUCUUCGUCACGGUCAGACAGCAGCUCAGACGCAUCGCAGCCGGGAGGGGACCAGCCAGGCCUGAUACCAGGGAUGGAGGGAGGGGACCAGCCAGGCCUGAUACCAGGGAUGGAGGGAGGGGACCAGCCAGGCCUGACACCAGGGAUGAUGGGUCUGGGUCUGGGAGCAGAGAUGCUGCGGCUGGAAAGAGGGCUAGGGUUGAGGCUUGGGGUGUUAGUGGGGUAGCGGUGUGGGAAGGAGCUGGGAAUAAAGGGUCAGAGGCUGAGGGUUGGAGUGGAAAUGCUGGGGUGAUGACUAGCCAUGCUAGUGGGUGUGUUAGUGCCGAGUCUGGGUCUGUGGUAGCCAGUGAAAUCAAGUCUGAGUCCAGAGGUCCAGUAAAGACCAGGUGUGGGUCCGGUGGCGGCGAGUGUAAGCGAGCACUGCGUAUGCGUCGUGAGGUGAGGAAAGCCACAUCUCUAUUCCUGGUGUUGUUCCUGUUCAUGCUGUGCUGGCUGCCUAUCCACUUUCUGAACUGUGUUAUGUUGCUGUGCCCACGCUGCCACGUGCCCCUGCCACUCAGCCUGGCAGCCAUACUGCUGUCCCACGCCAACUCUGCCCUCAACCCUCUGCUCUACGCGUACCGCAUGAGGUCCUUCAGACACGCACUGAGGACGCUCUGCUGCACGCACACUGUAUAA